UCAAAUUCUCAACAUCAGGUAUGUCGAAUUAAACGAGUCGCGGAUUGUGGAUGCGCUGUGGCAGGCGAUUAUUUGGUGAUGGAUGCGGCGCGUUAUGCGUAAAAUCGGAUGGGCAGAUACUGUGGCGAAUUGGCAAUUGAGGGAAUUUGCGAAGGCGAAAUUUGCGCAGAGGGCUGAGCAUUUGCCCCUGCAAUCUUGGAAUUCGGUCUGCACUCCGAAUUGGACCGUUGUACUCCUUGCCUCGCCAGUACCUGUACCAGUGCUUCACCCGCCAUGUAAAGCGACAGCCCACGCACAGCACUGCGAGAACGCCCUGCAUUAGACGUCUCAGUAAAAAGGUGCGUUUUGCUAACUCCUCCCGACUUGACCUGUGGUAUAUAGUUAAUUUGAAAAAAUGGGUCGCCGUCCCGCUCGCUGCUACCGCUACUGCAAGAACAAGCCGUACCCCAAGUCGCGCUUCUGCCGUGGUGUCCCUGACCCCAAGAUCCGCAUCUUCGACCUGGGCCGCAAGAAGGCUAACGUCGACGAGUUCCCGCUGUGCAUCCACCUGACCUCGGACGAGUACCAGCAGAUCUCGAGCGAGGCUCUUGAGGCUGCCCGCAUUAGCGCCAACAAGUACAUCACCAAGGUGUCGGGCAAGGACUCGUUCCACAUGCGUGUCCGUGUUCACCCGUUCCACGUCCUGCGUAUCAACAAGAUGCUUUCGUGCGCCGGUGCUGAUCGUCUUCAGACCGGUAUGCGUGGUGCCUACGGUAAGCCGUACGGUACUGCCGCUCGUGUCAACAUUGGCCAGGUCCUGAUCUCGGUCCGUACCAAGGACAACAACAAGGCUGUGGUCAUUGAGGCUCUGCGUCGCUGCAAGUACAAGUUCCCGGGUCGCCAGAAGAUCAUCAUCUCCAAGAAGUGGGGCUUCACCAAGCUGACCCGCGCCGAGUACGUUGAGGCCCGCCAGAACGGUCUGGUCAAGGCUGACGGCUGCUACGUCAAGUACCUGAACACCCGCGGUCCCCUGGAGGCUCACCUUAAGCACAUCUCUGCCUAA